AUGGCCUCAUUGAUGCAGAAGCACUGUUCAGAACUUGAGCUGCGAAGUGUAGCAGGCAGUGAGAUCAUGGGAAACAACAAUGUCACUGGACAACAAGUGUCAGAAGAGACCGUUAACAGAGUUGACAAAACCAUUGAACCUCCACAUGGUUCACCUGCACUCAACAGCACGAACAAUAAUGAGAAGCAUGACACUGAGGAUGUCAACUUGUCAAAGUCCUCAAAGGACCCCAUCACUACCAAUGCUGAAGAUAAGCAGGUGGCUUCGGAUCAAAAUAGUUCAUCAGAUAAGAUUGAAGCCUUAGAUGAGAAGACCAGGGGCUCAAUUCAGGAUAUUGCAUCAACACAAGAAGGUGAUCAGAGUAGUAACUUACUAAAAGAUGAACCAUUGAGGAAAGAAGCAACUGAAAGAACCGUAUUUUCUACUGAAACAGUUGCUCUUGUCAGCACCACAAUUGAAGAUGCAGCAAGCAACAAGUACAGCUCAAUCUCUAGUGAAAAAACCAGACAACUUAUGCAUGGGACUAGAAAUACAAGUGAAGAAAAUAUCGAAAGCAACUACAAAUCACUAUUACAGGAAAAUAUAGAAGCUUCACAAGAAGAUCAGGAAGAAAUUAGGAGUCAUGAAAAUGCAAUCAUGGUUGGUAAUCUAGUUGGUGAAGAUACAACUAAAAACUUAGAGCAAGGAUACAUUGAGAAGAAAAAAGUAGAGGUGGCAAUGCAAGGAGAAACUACAUCAUCAACAGAAUCAUUUGUCAGCACUUAUCUUGAUGCUGAAGACUCUGAGAUCAAGGAAGUUGUUAUAGAAGAUAAUCCUGAACCUCCACCAGAUGUGCAUCCAUUAAAUGGAAUAAAAAUAGAUACAUCCAAGAAUGACAAUAUACAAACACAAAUACCACAUGACAAGGAAGAAAUCAGCGAAAUUAGCAAAACUGCAACAGUAAAGAUUAUGAUUGAAAGUGAUGAGGCACUUGAGGAUGUUAAGCAUAUCCAUGGAUUGGGAGAUCAGGAUGAAGAUAGUACAGAAUGUACAUCAUGUGAUAAUCUCUACUAUGGUGAGGUUGUUGCAAAGUGUCAGCCAUCUUUAAGAAAUCCAAUUGCUAUUAAUGACCAAGAAUUGAGAAAUGAACAAAAUGUGAGGAUAGUUACCUCAAGACAGAUUUCAGGCUCUAUGAUUGCAAAAGCGGACCAUACUGGCAUAGAAACAUUACACAAGGAACAAGGAAUUGUUGAGAAAACUGUCGCAGUUUGGAAUCUAGAAGAUAAUUUUGCAGCAGAGAAGGAACCUGAGAAAUAUGAUGGUGACUUGGUCAAUAUUGCUGAGGCUACUGGAAAGGAUUUUACAGGCUUGCACUCAUCUUCAUUAGAUUGUCAUCUUAUUGUGAAUGAAGUGCUACAAAGAGAAGUCAAUGGAGUAAAUGGAAUAGUGGAAUUUGAUAAAGAGACAGUAAAGGAAAUUUUAGAAGAAGAUGAUAAGGUAAAUACUGCAGAAGAAUUAGGUCUCCAUGUUGAUGCCCAUGUAGUGGCGAAUGAGGGAGGAGACUCACCCAAUUUACCUAUGACCACACCAUCAACUCCUCUUGAACUACUAGAAGAUAUUGACAAGGCGAUAUACAUAACUAGAGAUACACAAGAAACUAUGACCAGGUCACAAGGUGACCAGUCUCAACGGAUACUGCUUGAAGAAUGUGAAGUUCUGAAACUUGAGAAUGGUGAAAUUCUUAGCAAUUGUGUGCAGUUGUUGGGAAACAGUUCGAAUGUAGGCAUAAUCUCUACUGAUGGUAUCAACCAUGUGAAAGUAGGUAUGAACAGUACAGCCUCAGAUUUUACCUUUGAAGCCAACCACAAGGAAGUCACAGGAAGCACUGCAGCCACUGGCUUUAUUGCUGAAUGCAAUCAGGCCGAAGUCACAGCAACUAUUGACAUGGUUACCGAGGAACAAUAUCCUCCUCGAACAUCAACUCCAGGGAGAGAAGUCAAUGAAGAGAUACCAUUACUUCAGGCAGCACAAAAUAUAGAUUUUUUCACUUCUACUAAACAACGUAGCCAAGUAGACGUGGAAAUACCCAUGACUGACAUUGCUGUUAUGCAACUCAAAGUUGAAGCCAAGGAAGAAUCUGAGAAGAGCCCACUGUUAAGCCCCAGGGAAACAUCAGGAGGAGACUUUAGAAUACCAAAUCAUUCUGCAAGAAACAAGAAACCAUUUCAGAGCUUACUAACAGAAGGCAAAGUUGGUAUGUGGUCUCCAUUGAAGGAAUCAGAAUCGAGCCCAAAGAGUACUGCCAUGACUAGUUCACCAAGAAGCAAUGAAAAGCAGAAGCCAAGAUCCUCUCUUUUUACUAGUUGCAUGUGUUGUGCCACUGCUACGAACUGAUGUAUGGCUCCAUGUGUGAGUUU